AUGACUACAUCUUCGUUACCGACUUCCCAAUUCACAACAUGCAAUGAGAGGUAUAUCAAAAUUUCUGACAAACAAGUUAUGCUUGUAUCCAUACAUGUGAAGGAAGAAAACCUCUCGUGGUUCAAUGACACAAUCUACAAGGAAAUAAUCGCAUCGAUACGAAAGGUUUUACCGUUGAAAUUUGCAAGAGAUAAAAAAAGAGGCAAAGAAGAAAAACAAGUCGCCGAUGUUUACCGUUGUGCAAACUGUCAAUUUGCUUAUUAUCUUAAACCGACGGAAGUAAGACAUUCUGUUCUAGAAAAGGAGAAAUCGUUCAUUCCCCCAGACGUCUCGGAAGAUCAUAUCACAGACGAAGAAGAUGUAAAACCCAUUCUCAGCGUCACUUAUACAGGAUAUAAUGUCUUUCGUAUGAGCUUGGUUAUAUAUGCCGAACCGUUAGGAAAGGGUAAAGAUUUUGGAGGCGUGAAGACAACGGCAGAUAUGAGAAUUGAUAGUUAUUUCGGUAGUGCGGGCGAGUGA